AUGAAUGUUAUUGCGGGAAAGCAGAAGCCGAAGGCGGGCGAUGCAUUCCCCUCGGACUCAUCUCCGACCAAUUCAAGCUGGCCGCCUGAGAAACGCGAACACCGCGAACACGAGACCAGCCGAUCGAUCAGGGGCACAUAUCAACUUUAUGACUUGCUGGAUUUGUCUACGACCAGCGGCAGCAUCUUUGUGACGAUCGAAGUGCAACCAGGCGACAAACCCUCUGUUCUUCGUCUCGCCAGUAAGUCAGGCAGUGUGCGUGUUCGCAUGGUAACUGGGGGUGGAUUGUUCCGCAAACCCACGGUUGUACCAAAAGCAGCGCAAGAACGGAUCUUGCAGACCGAUAUCUCCACUCAUUCGGGCAGCGUGAUUGGAAAUGUUAUUGUGGGUAAUGGUGGCUCGCUUCGCAUUGACACUCACUCAGCGUCCGUCUCGGUCGACGUAUUCACGUUCGGCGUGUCGGAACACCACGCUCCCUCCAACAUUUCCACAAGUACGCAGUCCGGUAGUCAAAAUAUCCAGGUCAUUGCGCCGUCGGGAUCCACAGAGGCCGUGAGAGCCAUUGAUGCUUCUCAUACUGUCUUGGGGAGUGGGAGCAUGAAUAUCCAUUAUCCGAGUAAGUGGGAAGGUACCGUGCAUAUUCUGCAACAAGGGUCCGGCUACAUCUCAGCCAGUGGCGAUGGACUGCUCGUGCGCAAGGAGAGUGGUCGCGAGAUCUUUGGAUAUAAAGGACAGAAGGAAGGAAGGAAGAUUGAGAUCUUUGAGCAGGGGAGUGGAAGCGUCAGAUUCCGCUGUUGA